CGUUGGUUAAUCUAUACCGGCCCGUAGGCUCAAUAAACCCGGUCCAUCUUUGCAAAUUUAUUCGACCCCCCCGCGAGUUUUCCUCCCACACAAAGCUUCCCUUCCCCCUAAACCUGCAACUGCAACCACUACUGCUGCUCGUUCUUUCUUUUUCUUCUUGUCGUUGCAUCGCCAAUUCGCCAUUACUACCACUCCCCCCCCCCUCCUGUUGGCCGCCAUGCCAAGAUCCUUCACCAACUCGUACCACAUGCAUGUGCAACGAGAGCCGGCUUAGCUUUUGGCUGGAUCGAUCUCAAAAGCGAAUUGAGCUUGAGCUACUUUGAUCCGUACUUCUAGUACUCAUCAGUUGGUUGGAGCGGAUUAAGUUGGAGGAUCAUGAGCAGCAACUCGUCGUCGUCCAUGGCGCCGCCAUCGCCGGAGUCGUCGGCGCUGGAGACAGUGGAGACCAAGAUAAGCCCAAGCAUCCUGUUCGUGGUGGCCGUGCUGGCGGUGGUCUUCUUCGUGUGCGGGCUGCUGCACCUGCUGGUGCGCCACCUGCUGCGGCGGCACCGGCGGCGCCGCAGGGCAGCGGAGCAGCUGGCGGACGGCGGCGAGAGCGCGACGGCGUUCCAGGGCCAGCUGCAGCAGCUGUUCCACCUGCACGACGCGGGCGUCGACCAGGCCUUCAUCGACGCGCUGCCCGUGUUCCUCUACAAGAACGUCGUGGGCGGCGGCGCUGAUGGCGACGGCGGCGGCAAGGAAGCGUUCGACUGCGCGGUGUGCCUGUGCGAGUUCGCGGCGGAGGACGAGCUCCGGCUGCUGCCCAGCUGCAGCCACGCGUUCCACGUGGACUGCAUCGACACGUGGCUGCUGUCUCACUCCACGUGCCCGCUCUGCCGGAGCAGCCUCCUCCUCAUGGCCGAGCUCUCCCCGCCGGCGCGCGGCGGCCCCGUCGUCGUCAUGGUGCUCGAGUCGGAGUCUCCGUCCGCGGAGAGCGAGAGUUCGCCCCAAAUGGCCGACGCAGACAAUAGCGAGCCGAGCGGCGUCCCGGGAGCGGAGGAGAUGGUGGAGGUGAAGCUGGGCAAGUUCAUGUGCGUGGAAGGCAACGGCGCCAUUGCCGUUCCCAGCGCAGGGGAUGGAGCUGCAGCUGCGGCUGGGAGCAGCAGCAAUGGCGAGGCGGGUCUCGGGCACGGGCAGAGGAGAUGCCACUCCAUGGGGUCCUCGUACGAGUACGUCAUGGAGCAUCACACCUCGCUGCGCGUGUCCAUCACCAAACCGCCGCCCAAGAAGACGAAGCACCCCGCGGCCGUCUCCAGGGCGCGCGGCGCCAUGUCAGAGUGCGAGCUCGGCGCCUCGCUCCGCCUGCCGCCAUUGACGACAUCCACGACGACAUCAACACAGAAGCAUCCUCCUCCUCCCGCCAUGGUCGCCGCGGGAUCGAAGUUCCUGGCCAAGGACAGCUUCUCGGUAUCCAAGAUCUGGAUGGCCAGGAAAGACGCCGCUGGACCCGGCGAGAGGCGCACGGUGUCGUUCCGGUGGCCGGUGAAGGAAGACGAGGAUCAAGGGAGGAGGAAGAGCGGGAGCGAGGCAGCGGAGUGGGGCGACGACGUGGAGAGCUGCGGCGGCAACAGCGCCGCAUCGGCGGCGGCGUCGCUCGCUGGGGAGCAGCGGCCGUCGUUCGCGCGGCGGACGCUGCUUUGGGUCGUCGGCGCCGGCGGCAGGCCGCAGACCAGCAACCGAGUAGGCGACUGCUCCUGAUCAACGUUCCGAUCCAUCCAAACAAUUAUUUCCUUCUCCUUUUUUUUCCCCUCUACUAGAUUAGAUCGAUCGGCAGGCCGUGAUUGCAAAUUUGCAACAUCAGGGGAAAUUCGUUAAACCCAGAGAGCGUUCCUGAUCAGCAGUCUUUCUGAAGCAAACUGUCACUCGUUUUGCUCUGAAAACUGUACAGCGGUUGUCCGAGA